CGAAAUCAAGAAUUAUACCGUGCAAAUCCAUCAAGUCCUGAUUGGAAUGCAUAUUUGGAAUCAGCUGAAUAUGUCAUUAUUGAAGGCUUGAUUGAUACAGUCUGUUGUAGCCUGAUGUAUUUAUCAACGCAUACAGAAAAAAUGAAAGUGGAAUUACCAAUUAUGGAGACAAAAUUAGAUUUAGCA